GGGGAAAAAAUGUAGAUGGCGCACGUAAAAGAGCAGACGAACUGCGAAGAAUUUCAAAAUUCACAUAGGAUUUAUCAAGUUGAUAUGCAAGACAUGGAGCUGUCGACUAGUAGCAAUGGUAAUAUUUCUAUAGAAACUAAAGAAUCGGUUGGAGGAAAUAAUUCUCAUUCCAAAGGUAAACAAGUUGCUUCGCCUGAAAAUGCUGAGACAAAUAUGGCAAAACCUGUUAUGAAUACUGAAAGUAUUUAUAAACAAGCUAAAGACAUGAUCGAACAAGUGAAUCGCAAAAGAAAGAGAGAUGCAAUUCUUCUUUCUGAUAUAAAAAGUUCCCUGGAAAAUCAGGUAAAAAAUUCGUACGAGAAGAUAUCGCAACAAAUGCUUUCCAUUUAUAACAACACAGAAAAAACUCUGGAACCUAAACUUGCCGAAUUAUUUGCCAUACUCGAAAGAAUAUCGAAACUAGAACAAGAACUGCAGGAAUUUAGAAAUAUGUUACACACUUUAUAUCAAGAUACACAAAAUUAACUGUAACCAUUUAAUAUUGUUGAAGAAUUCGUUUAAUAUUCUUCGUGUUAAUAAUAUGUUUAAAUGUGUAUUAUCGAAUGUUAAAAUAGAUAUCCAAGUUCGA